AUGGGUGACGCGAAGACAUUCUCCCCAUUUCUUCGCGUUGCUCUCAAGGCCGUGCUGACAGAUACUAUAACCGACUUUUCAGCCCUCCACAAGGCCGCCUCCUGUGGUGCAACUCUACCUGAGAAGUCACUCAGCAAUACAGAGAAGACCGAUGCUUCUAACCCCGAUACCCUGCUUCAGGAGCUGAAUAAAGUUUUUUUUGAGACCCUCAUUCGGUUUGAAAAGUGUCGCCGCGAAGAUUACAUCGAACUGGAGGAUGGGAACUUCCGCAAACUGAGCGAUGAUGAAAGCAUGCUUCGCACCUUUCUUGAGGAGGUGGCCAAGGUGACUGAGAUUCUGAAGCUACUAAUUAACGAGAUUGAAGACAGAGGCACAUGCAAUUCCCUGGAAACCCAGUGUGACAUAAAACAAGCCUCAGUCGACAUUCUAAUCGAUCUGGCCGAGAGCUCAAUCGAGAAAGAAGACCUCAUUGAGGACCUAAGGCGGCGGAUUAGCGUUGCCGCGAUUGAAUUUACAAAACAAAAGGAGCUCUACUUCAGCGCGCUAAGAAGAAUGCGGAACGAAUGGCAGGAGGGCCGUCAGCUGGCUGAAAUGACCAUCAAGUACCUGAAGGCGACUUACAAACAGCGAGCAAACGUUCACGCCGCAGCCUGCAACGCCAAUGCCCGACAAUUAAUUGAGGAGACCGCCCUGUUGAGGAAGAAGAUUGGCCAAGAGAAGCGGGAGUUUGCCGAGUGCAUGACCUGGCUUUUCUCAGAGCUGGACACUGAAGCCAAUCGACUCAGAUACCUGCAGGGCCGCAACGACGUUGAGGAGUUGGCAAAGAAACAGGAAAAAAUGGAAGAGGACUUAGCCAGAGAGAUAGAGGAACACACUGCCUUGAAGAAGGAAUUUGCUCACUGUGAGGCGGUCGUUACAGAAUACCGACUUGAGCAGGAGAAAAAGAGACUACAGGAAGAAUAUCAGCACAAAAUGAUGAUAUGUGUCCUUCAAGUCCAGUGCUGGUGGAGGACCAUGAUUGAAAUAAGGGGCAUCAAACUUAAAAGGAAGAGAGGCAAAGGCAAGGGUAAGAAGAAAUAA